AUGUCGAAGCUUAUGCAAAAUCCAGUGUUCCAUGAACUGAAGAAGCAAGCUUCUUUCUUCAUCAAGGAGAAGAUCAAGACUGCUCGUCUCGCCGUAACCGAUGUUACUGUUGAAGAAUUAUUGACAGAAGAAGUUACGGCCAGUACGCACUCGUCCAUAGACUCACGCUCCAUGGCGGUCAUAACUAGAGCUUCUUUCGAGGUUGAUCAAUUCCAAAGAAUCGUUAAGAUUCUACGUCAAAGAAUAACAAUGUUUGAUAGAAGAGAAUGGCGUGGAAUAUACAACACGUUGACAAUGUUGAACCACUUGCUGGUCAAUGGACCUCUAAGUGUAUUCAAUGAAUUUCAACGCGAGAGAGAACUUAUUGAAGAUGCCAUAAUAAAUACUGAGUGGAUUGAUGAGAGAGGGUUCGAUUGUGGCCUAAAAGUUCGAAACGUAGCCGAGAAGGUACUAAGAUUGCUUGAAGAUGGCAUGUUUCUUAAGGAUGAGAGGGAAAGAAACCGUAGGCAAAGCAUUGGUCGGAUCAUCACAGGGUUCGGGAACUCGAGUUUCGUCAACAUGCAAUCUGAAAGGAACAAUGGAAGAGACAGCUCGUUCUCGAGUGACCACAAAACUAAUUGUGAAAAUGAUUGUGCCGUUGAUGACCAUCCAUUCGUCGAGGACGAGCACAAUGCUGCUCAACUCUUGCUUUCUUCUUCGACUUGA